AUCAUCGAAAAUUAUCGUGACCGAACUGUAGCACUCAUACGGACUACUAUUGCUAAGAAUAUAAUCUUAUGUCGCGCUUUGAUCGCUACAUUACUACAUUAUUUAUAACAGUGUUAUUUUUAAAUUUUAUCAAGCCACGAUGCAGCGGCGAGCGCUUGUGGGAAUUAUUUCAUCCAUAAGUGGAUUAUAAUAAAGAUGUUCGAGUUUUGGUGAAUGUGUCGAGACAAUGGUGUAUCGAUUAUUUUGCGCAAACGAAAUGUCAUCCCGGUGCCGUAGUGUUAAUAUUAGAAGUCUAUGUUUGUGACCACGAUUACAAUUGUCUAGUCACCAAAUCCGAAAUAUUCGUGCUCAAAGUGACGGUUUCACCUUAAACUAGAACAGUGAGUAUACCUUAAGUGUUAAUCAUGGCAAAUCCGAAUCGCGAUGGUGUUAGCACGCGUUUUUCUGAUAACUACGACCUUAAAGAAGAGCUGGGAAAAGGAGCAUUCUCUAUUGUGAGACGAGCUGUCCAGAAGUCGACAGGAUAUGAAUUCGCUGCCAAAAUAAUCAACACUAAGAAGCUCUCAGCUAGAGAUUUUCAAAAAUUGGAAAGAGAAGCCCGAAUUUGUCGAAAGCUGCAACAUCCUAAUAUUGUAAGACUGCACGAUUCCAUUCAAGAGGAGCAUUUCCAUUACCUCGUGUUCGAUCUAGUUACUGGCGGGGAACUGUUUGAAGACAUCGUGGCACGUGAGUUUUAUUCUGAAGCUGACGCUUCUCACUGUAUACAACAAAUUUUGGAGUCCGUUCAUCACUGCCACCAUAAUGGGGUAGUGCAUAGGGAUCUGAAGCCUGAAAAUCUGUUACUGGCUAGCAAAGCUAAAGGGGCAGCAGUCAAGUUAGCCGACUUCGGUUUAGCUAUUGAAGUGCAAGGGGACCAACAAGCAUGGUUCGGGUUCGCGGGAACCCCUGGUUAUUUGUCACCUGAAGUUCUCAAAAAAGAACCAUAUGGAAAACCAGUAGAUAUAUGGGCCUGUGGAGUGAUUCUUUAUAUUUUAUUGGUCGGCUAUCCACCUUUCUGGGACGAGGACCAACACCGGCUUUAUGGACAAAUUAAAGCAGGUGCCUAUGAUUAUCCAUCUCCUGAGUGGGAUACUGUAACGCCUGAGGCAAAGAGCCUCAUAAAUCAAAUGUUAACCGUUAAUCCAAGUAAGAGGAUUACUGCAUCUGAAGCCUUGAAGCACCCAUGGAUUUGCCAUCGCGAACGGGUGGCAUCUGUGAUGCACAGGCAAGAGACUGUAGACUGCUUGAAGAAGUUCAAUGCUCGACGCAAACUAAAAGGCGCUAUCCUAACUACUAUGCUUGCUACCCGAAACUUCUCUGGGAAAUCUAUGGUUAACAAAAAAGGAGACGGCUCUCAAGUGAAGGAGUCGACUGACAGCAGUACUACUUUGGAAGAUGAUGAUUUGGAUAAAGACAAGAAGGGCGUAGACCGUGCCUGCACUGUUAUCUCCAAGGAGCAUGAUGACGAGGGACUUACUAAAGCUGAUUCAUUCGGCAAAGCUCGCGGUGACAGCAAUGCGUCACAACGUCGCUCAGAAGUAAUCAAAGCCACUGAGGUACUUAUAGAUGCUAUUAACAAUGGCGACUACGAUACAUAUUCGAAAUUAUGUGAUCCUAAUGUGACUGCUUUUGAUCCUGACGUACUAGGUAACAUGGUUGAAGGAGUAGAGUUUCAUAAAUUCUUUAUUGAUAACACUCCUCAGCACGUUAAGGCCAAUACAACCAUACUUAAUCCUCGCGUGCACCUUAUUGGCGACGAUGGAGCUGUUAUAGCAUAUGUGUGUGUGACGCAGAGCGUCGAUGCCGAAGGUCGGCGAACCACACAACAAACUAAAGAAACUCGUAUCUGGCACAAACGCCACAACAAGUGGACAGCGAUACAUUUUCAUCGCUCCUAACUAGUCUCUUUUUCGAUCCCAACUUUUAUGCCGAAGGAUGGCGGUCUAACGAAGAAAAGUAUUUGUAAUGGUGAAGCCAUAGAAACACGCGUAAGUUCGUACAUUAAAUAUAUAUAAUUAGACCCUUCAAAAGUCCUAAGGCAGCGACGUAAGUUAUAAAUAAAUACUUAAUAUCCAAUUCAGCUAUAAAAUUACACGAAUUUUAUUAGAAAUUCUUUGUAAUCUCAAGGAAUUAUGUUAAUUACAUAUAGGUAAAUGUUAUUAUCUACACCAAUAUAAGCAUUUCAAAAGUUCUUAUAACGUUAAAGGUCACUAUACUAUUAAAGUCUUUUACAUCACAAUGUGACUAAAAUGUGAUACCGUUUAAAUACCUAAUGCUUUGUACUAGUUCUAGUAGAGUGUACAACCUGAUCUCCACGAUCGAAACAAACACAUCGAGGCAAAUGUACCGAUGUAAUAUUAAAAUUCUCGAUCUAAUCAAAGUCAGAUCUGAUCAAAAUGAAUCUAUAUUAAAUAUAAAAGAUCGACAAGGAUUUCAAAAAAUUUAGAAUUAUUAGCACAUUUCUCAGUAAGUCUCUCUACAUUUUUAACUAUGAAUGUUUUGUCGUGCUUAAAAAUGGUGUUCUAUUUGUUAUCAAAUACCUAGUUAGUAAGGUUUAAGUAACUGAUGGUACAGUUAUUGGCACUACGCAUCUUACAGUGAAUGUUUCUAUAGAAUAUUCGUAAGAUUUUACUUCAAUUAGCUAUUAGCUUGAGUGGAUUCAUUGUAACAUUUUACAUAUUUUAAGUGAAAUUAUAUCAAUUUCGUCAAUUUUAGAUUUAUUCUCAAUGUUGUUGUAUUAUUCAGCUUUUUAUUUAUGUUGCGUUAUAAUUAUUCAACGCGUACAUUGUUAUACCUGGUUAUUCAAAUUAUAUGUAUUACUUACUUACUCUUAUUCAUGCGAUAGCUAAUAAUUUGAAAGUGAAAACUGUGCAAGAGAAUGGUCUGGUUGUUGGUACUUUAGCCAUUAAUAAGAGGAGCUUGUCAACCGUGAUAUUAAUGUGUAUUAAGAUGUAAAGUGUUUUUUGCACAGUUUCACUUAAGAGAAUGUGCUUUAACUAUUGGAUCUAAACCUAACUGUAAGUCUGCAGUAAAUUCAGUAUUUCCUAGGAAUAUAUUUAGAUAUAAAUAACAUUGAACCGUGUUUUUUACAAUUUUGUAACAUAUUUUAGGAUUUUAGUAUAGUUAGCAUCACUUAAUUUGUAUAAACCUGAAAGGAGUUGGAAUUGUAAUUAUAAAAUGCAAUGCAUACAUAUAUAAAAUAAAUAUAAAGGAUAUUUAUGGUUACCAUCAUGUUCACGUAACCGGAGUACAUAGUUGUGCCAUUAUCAUGAAUUUAGUGCCAAUAACUGUAAAAACUAAAGAUGUAUUCUAGUCUUUAUUGUUAUGCAUAUUUAGUAUUUAAUCAACGUUUCUAAUUUAAUUUUGAUCUAUAAAUAGGUUAAUAGUAACAUUACGUAAAUAGAUAUUGAUUUGCACAUUGUGUGUUUAAGAGUGUCGUCUUCUACAUACCUACCUUCAUCUAUCAAAAUGUUUGUAUUUACAUUAUAUGUUUUAUGGGUCACAAAUAAUUGAUCAUAUUUUUGAUUCCUUGGCAUGUUAAGUAAAUAUACAGAAGUUACAAAAUUAUAUCGUUAGGCAACUUUACCGCCGUGCUCACAACAGACGCAUAUUUAGGUAGUAGAAUUUGUUUUUGUUGUACUUUAAAUCCGUCACAGGAAAUUAGUUAACUAUCACAAUUAAAUAUCUAGGUCUAGCAAGUGUUACGUACCUGACCUGCCUUCUUUUGGAAUCUUGUAUAAGACACGACAGUGUUGAAUAGACUAGUAAAUUUUGAGAAUCUCUGAGCCUAACUGAAUGGUAAAAUUAUCAUCCCACUGUAGUAUACCUACUUGAAUGUUUUGUAUAAAAUAUUCCUCCUUUACAAAUAUCACCUCUCCUUUAUUAAUAUUCAAAGAAAAUAUAUUUUUGCUUGUCUUGUAGGUUUACUACAAAACGAGAUUUAAUUGAACUUUCAUGGUCAUUAAUAAUGGAUCAUGCUCUGGGCAUUCAGAUACUUAAGUUAGCAAAAUAUAGUACAUAUUUUAUUUGCUUCGAAAAUAUAGCCCAAGUACCUGUUGCUCGUGACUUAAGGGAGAUACUUCAUUAAUGGAAGAACCCAAAUGAGACUUAAAUCUCUGACUAACCAAUCUAUUAUUUUAAAAAUAAAUAUACGUAAGAUAUUUGAAAUAGUUACCAGAUUAUCUCAAUAACGUGUUUAGUAUUAUUAACUAAUUAACUAUCUUUAUAAAAUCCCAAUAACAAUGCAUUGGAAGCCUCCUAAAUAAAUAAAAAAAUAAAAGAUGCACAAAUACAAUAUCAUGUAUCUUCCAGAACCUUUACCAAGUUUUCAACCGUUUUAAAUAUUAUGCAUUGUCUUCCCUAAACUGUGUUCCAGUAUAAUGAUCUUCUAUAAUACCUACAAAAGGGAUGCCUAUCAGAUGCAUUUGGUUAUUUCAAAGUCACACGUUACACAGCUGUCCACGACUUUUUGCACAUUAAUCUCUUUGCAUGCAUUUACUUACCUACUCCACCAUGCUUCUACGAUUAGGGGAGCUACCUACUUAAACUAAAUUUCAAUUCCUUCUAUUGGCUACUUUUAUAUAAUGCCUGCUUAUACAUAUUUAUUCAUACUUAAGAAGUACUUGUUCAAAUCUCAAGUGCUAUAUUUAAAAAUAUUCGUUAUAAAGUCACCUAUAACUUGGAAUGGAACUAAGUGCUGUUCACAAGUACAAAUUAUCUGAAACACCAACUAAUGGGUACAGUGCAAUAAAAAACAGAACUAAUUUAUAACGUGUUUAAGAUUUUAAUUAUGUUUUGAUAGAUAAUUAACUCAUAAAGCUUCGUAGCGUUAAAAUUUUCACCAUUCAGCUAGUAUUUGUAUUAACCUACGUUAUUGUUACUGUUUUGUGUUACUUUGCGUGUUUGGUUACUUAUGCCUCUUCAUUAUAAGAUGUGUAUACCCUGUACUGAAAUUAUAAUUAGGGUGUAUGUUAAGCUUAUUUGUCCAAAAUACUAAUAUUGACACUCAUCUGUGUCUAGCAAAACUAUGGAGAUUACUUUUCGGAUAGUGGUUAACGAAAUUUAUAUUAAGUACUUUAAAUGCACCACUUUCUUAAAUAUUCGAACUUUGUUAUGAUGAAGGCUAAAAUGUUGUAGCAUAAUUUCCAUAUGUGCAAGUGUAGGUGUAUUGAAAAAAAAAUGUCAGUAUAUUCGUAUUCAAAAUAAUUUCUUCAACCUCUGCAUUGCCGAUUACCAUGUAACAUUCUCUAAAAUAAAGUUCUUUUGAUCUAAA